CCGAUUACGUAAAGCCGCGUCGACCGAGGAGGUUCCGCUGGCUGGUGUGUACGCGGCGAGCGAGUCCGGGCGCGGCCUGUUUGUCUCCCACAGCUCCGGCAACCGCGGCCCAGACGCCAGCUGCGGCCGGGCCGCCGCCUGAACAUGGACUCCGCCGGCCAAGACAUCAACCUGAAUUCUCCCAACAAAGGUCUGCUGUCUGAUUCCAUGACCGACGUCCCUGUCGACACAGGUGUGGCUGCCCGGACUCUUGCUGUCGAGGGCCUAACGGAGGCUGAGGAGGAGGAGCUCAGGGCUGAGCUCACCAAGGUGGAAGAGGAAAUUGUCACUCUGCGACAGGUGCUGGCAGCCAAGGAGAGGCACUGUGGAGAGCUCAAAAGGAGGCUGGGCCUCUCUGCGUUGGGGGGUCUGAAGCAGAACCUGUCCAGAAGCUGGCAUGACGUGCAGGUCUCUAACGCCUACGUGAAAACUUCUGAGAAACUUGGAGAGUGGAAUGAGAAAGUGACCCAGUCGGACCUCUACAAGAAGACUCAGGAAACUCUCUCACAGGCAGGACAGAAGACUUCAGCUGCCCUGUCCACGGUGGGCUCUGCCAUCAGCAGGAAGCUCGGUGACAUGAGGGCUCAUCCGUUCUCACACUCCUUUAGCAGCUACUCCAUCCGCCACUCAAUAAGUAUGCCGGCCAUGAGGAACUCUGCAACUUUCAAGUCAUUUGAAGACCGAGUUGGGACCAUAAAGUCUAAGGUUGUCGGUGACAGAGAGAACAGCAGUGACAACCUCCCUUCCCCAGCGGGGAAUGGCGACCAGCCCCUGUCGGAUCACGCGCCUUUCUAAGCCUGCAGCAGCUUCGCCCAGCCACAGAACACGUGCGAGCACACCCUCCUCAUCACAGCCAAAUCUGCGCUGCGCAGUGGGGCAACCCGACCGGGUGAAUGGACAGAGCCGGCUGGAGGACAGUCGUGCCCGUCCACAUGGAGAUGUGGCUGCUGCGUCCGCAUGAAUUAAAGAACACGGUCUUGUACACAGAUGUUUUACACUAAAGUUUGUAGACGAAACAGAUCACUGUGCCGUCCUUCCUAGGGCGCAGGAAAUGGACAGGGUGGAGGAUGUGGAGGGGUGUCGAGCCAAAGCCCAGGCUCCCUUGGGCCUUUUUGUUAGCUCAUCAGAAUGGCUAAGGGUGGAAGAGUCACUUCUGUGAAAUAAGUGGCAUUUUAUGACCACCUCCUCCUUCCCUGACUCACAGAAGGAAUACACUCACCCAGAAGCCCUGGCUGAUCGAAAUUUUUUAUCUCAAAAUGCUGAAUGGGGAAACUGAUUACCACAGCAGCUGCCUGAUUGUUACACUAAUGAUCUAGCUUUAACAAAAGCAAAUUUAUUAUUUUUUAAAUGCAGUGGGCUUUUCAAAAUUAAAAUUAGGCAAACAACUUUAGCCUCAUAGAGGAUUUUAUUUCUUUUGACUCAAGCUGAAAUAUAAGCCUUACAUUGCCUUAUGCUUUGUUUAUGGUUUUUUUAUAUAUAAAAAUGGGGGUUCCUUAAUGGGCUGUGAGCACUGUGUAGAAUUUUAUGUCCAGUGCACGUGGCAGCCUGCCUGGCUGGUGUAUUUUACUUCAGUAGCAUGCUCCAUCCCAGUGCAUAAAACCUGCUUCUCUCCAAGACUGCAGCAGCUCCCACUGGCUCCCCACUCUGCCCUAAAGGGAUCCCAGACCCCUGGGAAUGGGAGGGGGAGAGAGUGGGAAAAGCCUGUCUUCCAGGAGAGAUGCGCCCCCAUCACAGUGCCGCCUUGGCGGGCCUGGCCCACUGGCCCGUGACUCCAGCCUGCCUGUUUACUGCACGCAGGAUGAAUGAAAAGCAGAACUGACCCCAAACGUCAAGUCAGGGUGGAUGUUGGGAUCAGCCAAGACUCUGCUGUCACUUUCAAGAGCUACAAAGAUCUCUUUCCAGUUUUUAAAUUGUCACGCCCCACAGCCUCUCCCAUCAGGGCCCUGUGUGUCAGGAGGUGUGGUCUGGAGGAGCAGUUCUGUGCCUUAGUGGCUGUUAGCAGGGCACUGAGGCCUUGCCUUCCCUGCAUGCCUGGAGGGGAAGGGAUGCCGGGCUCAAGGUGUCCUCUGAUAACCAAGUGUCCCAGGCCAUCUCAGACACUCCACACACGGCAGGGUGCAGGGGCCAGGGAAGGGAGAUGCUUGGUGGGGUGUGGUGUGGUGGGGUGCGGUGAGAAGGCAGGCUGCAGGGGCAGGAAGUGAUGUAUCUUCUUAAAUAAUGGGUAACCUGUCAAUAAAGCAUUCCUUUGGGGAAAAACUCA